GACUGGGAGGGGGCUACAUUUAUAUCUAUGCCCAGGGCUGGGCAUCUGCUUACCAUGGACACUGUCGGGUACAGCAAGUGGGACAGCAGGCUCGAGGAAGUCCCUGGAGGGUACUGGGGAAGCUGGGGACGGAGACUCCUCUUCCUGGGCCUGCUUCUGGUGGUAGCCACAGUUCUGUGGGCCCUCAUUCUGAGCGUCCUAGUUUCUAAAGCCUCCACCGAGCGAGGGACGCUGCUUGGCCACCAGGACCUGCUGAGGACAAACGCCUCGGAGCAGACCGCGGCGCUGGGCAAUUUGAACCAGGAGAUCCGGGCCUGCAACAGCUGCUGCUUGGGGACACAGGCGCUGCUGCAGAGGACACGCACCGAGCUUGGGGAGGCGCAGGCGAAGCUGAUCCAGCAAGAGAGUGCUCUGAAAGAACUGAGCGAUCGCGUGACCCAGAGCUUGGCUGAAGCGGGCAGGGACCGCGAGGACAUCCGCAGUGAGCUAUUCAGGGCUCUGGAGGCCGCCCGGCUAGGGAACAGCUCCUGUGAAGAGUGCCCCGCGUCAUGGCUGCCCUUCCAGGGCUCCUGCUACCUUUUCUCCGUCCAGCGGGCCACAUGGGAGGAGUCGCAGCGUAACUGCGCGGGCGCGGGCGCGCACUUGGUGAUUGUCGGGGACCUGGAGGAGCAGGGUUUCCUGAGUCGGAACACGCGAGGCCGCGGUUACUGGCUGGGCCUGAGGGCGGUGCGCCGCGGGCGCACGAUCCAGGGCUACCAGUGGGUGGACGGAGUCCCGCUCAGCUUCAGCCACUGGAACAUGGGGGAGCCCAAUGACUCUAUGGGGCGUGAGGACUGCGCUAUGAUGCUACGCACGGGGAUGUGGAACGACGCACCAUGCGAAAACGAGAGGGACAACUGGAUCUGUGAGAAGAGACGCAGCUGCUGACCAGUGUCUGCAGCCGUACCCACCCCCCACCCCACCCCAGGGAGAUCGCCCUAGCAGGUCACCAUCCUGGUGCCGGCCACUGCCAUUGAUUCCUCCCCGCGGCUCCCUGCCCUCCCCCCACCAGGUCCACCCUCCACUACUGAGAACCGCCCCACCCAACCCAGGCAGGUAAAGGCGCUGGGACCUCCACUCCAACCUCACUGCAAGCCCUCACACAGACAUAACCCAGCCUCCAACCCCACCCAAAUCCUGGCUCCUGAGCCGGUCCACGGACCCCACGCCCCACAACCCCCAUCAAAGUAGGGCAACUCAGGGAUGGAGCUGUUUGGUUUUCUUGCAUUACCCACCCCCCCACCACUGGGAGGCAUCACAGAUAGGGGUUUUGUGAGCUGUCUUCGAAGUCCUAGGAAGCAUCAAUAAAUCCUUGAGAAAUGAAUCUGGGUUCGUGGCUUUGGUGAGCUGUUCCAAGUUUUAUCCCAGAGACCCCAGUAUCAGCUCUGUGAGUGACCCCGACCUCUCUAAGUGACCUCCUGGCCCUAUGAUGCUCCAAAGCUCCGUGAGUAACCUGCACUUGCCCAGGACAGCUGUCAGGCUCUAGGGACACAGGAAUGACUCUGACCCAGUGCUCUUCCUUCUGAUCUAGCUGGGCACAGGAACAAGGUGACCAGUGACUCAAAGGAAGAAUACACGAAUGCCACAUGAUGCAUUUGGAGAAGCCACACCUCUAGGGAAGGAACCUUGCUGGAAUUCUGCAGGGGUGGCCCCUCCUUGAGGACACUGUCACCCCACGGUGGAGAUCUGACAGUCUGAGACAAGGCCCUGAGGCAGGUGGGAGAGGGGCUGUCUGGAUCCAAAGAGCAGGUCUCUCUGUCCUAAGACAGGUUCUGUGACCACUGGAUGGACUGAUCCCAUACAUCCCAGAGAAGAUGGACUUUUUGAGAAACCAUGGGAUUUGCAAGCAGAGGGUGUUGGGGUGUGUGAAGUGUAGCUAAACCCAUUUGAGGGGUGCAGGGUGCCCUGAGCCUGGCUUUAUCAGCUGGGGACUUUUGAUCUGAAUUCACCCUGCACUCCCAAAGUUUCCUGCUCCCAUCCUGGAGAUCUGGGACUCUCCCAGAAUUUCCAGUGGAGACAGGUCCAACUGAGGGGAAGGACAGGCUAGCAACCUUUAGUUCUGGGCAGCCUUUGAGAGCCCCCAGGCUGCCCAGCCAUGAGAGCAGCGACUGAGCAGGCAGAAGAGGGAACCACACCCAGACUCCCUGGCCAAGGGAAACCUUCCAGUGAACCCCAGUCCUCUGCGUGCUCUAUGACUGCCGCCCAGAGCGAGGCACUAACCAGGACCAGGAGCCACCUGAGUCCUGGACAGAUAACAUACCUACUGGACUAUUGGCCAGACUGAUGGAUUUCCAGACAGUCGGCUUAGAAGGGGCGUAUGAGUUUCUGUUACAGAGGUAACAAAUGACCGCCAGCUUGGUGGCUUAAAGACAACACACAUUCGCUGACAGUUCUGCAAAUCAGAAGUCCAAAAUUAGACUUACUGGGCCAAAAUCAGGGUGUCACCAGGGCCAGGCUCCCUCUGGAAACUCCAGGGUGGAAACUGUUUCCUUGCCUUUUCUAGCUUCUAGAGCUUCAUUCCUCACAUUUCCUGGCUCAUGGUCCCCUUCUUCCAUCUUCAAAAUCAGUAGAGCAGUAUCUUGCUUCCCUGAUCAUAUUGCCUUCUUCUGCAUCAAAUCUCCCUCUGCCUCCCUUCCUAUAAGGAUGCUUAUGAUUGCAGUUAAGACUGACCCAGGUCUUAAUCCAGGAUGGUCCCUGUAAUACCAAGGCAACUGUGGCACUUUUAACACCCUGAGUUCGUGCAGACCCACCCACAGAUUAAAGGCACAGUUCCUAACAA